GUUUUUUUUUUUUUCAGUCAACCAAGAUGGCUUCAGCAGUGGAACAACCAACAGCAAUGAAUGUAGAUAGUUCAAAACAAGCCAAUGAGGCAACAACUACUACGGCUCCUUUAGUUGGCAUGAUCUACCCUCCUCCUGAUAUUAGAAAAACUGUCGAUAGAGCAGCUCAAUUUUUAGCAAACAAAGGUCCUCAACUUGAAGAACGUAUUCGUGAAAAUGAAAGACACAAUCCUCGCUUUUGUUUUAUGAAUCCUACCGACCCGUACCACGCUUAUUAUCAAUAUAAACUUCGGGAAGCACGAUCUGCAUCUGGUGUCAUGACAAAUGGUGCGAUACAGCCAGACACAGUAGAUCAAUUACAACAACCACAGGAAGAACGACAACAACCUGUAGUGGAAGUAGCUCCUCCUGAGCCUGAUUCAUUCGAAUUUUCUGUCCCUAUGCCUGCAAUGUCAGCACAAGAUCUCGAUAUCAUCAAACUCACAGCACGAUUUGCAGCACGAAACGGUCGGCAUUUUAUCAGUCAACUUGCUCAACGUGAAUCACGCAACUUUCAAUUCGAUUUUUUACGACCUACUCAUAGUUUAUUCCCAUACUUUACCGAAUUGAUCAAACAAUAUUCAAAAGUGUUGGUGCCUCCGGAAGACAUCAAGAAGAAAUUAUCAAAGAACAACAGCCGAACACUAUUACUAGAUCGAAUAAAACAACGUGUGGAAUGGACCAUUUGGGAUGAACGGGAAAAGAAGAAGAGAGCUGAAGAAGAUGAAAAGGAAAAAUUGGCCUAUGCAAGUAUUGAUUGGCAUGACUUUGUCGUGGCAGAAACUGUAGAAUUUACUGCUGAAGAUGAAAAGAUGAACUUACCAGCUCCUAUGAGUUUACAAGAAUUGGAAAGUAUGUCCUUGGCUCAACGACGUAUGGCCUCUUUAUCUGCUAUGGAUGAGCAAGAAAUACCAGACUUUGGCGCUUAUGAAAAGGCAUUGAACAAGGAAUUGGGUGGUGAACCUAUUGAACAACCAACAGAAGAGAAAGAAUUGGAACCAGAAGAACAACAAGAACCACAACCUGAUAUUCAACAACCUAUUGUACCUCCAAAUCUCGCUGCCCCUAUCAAAAUCCGUACUGAUUACAAACCCAAGCUCGGUCCACAAACUAAAUCUGUUCAAGAAACACAAAUUUGUCCACGAUGUGGUGAAUCUAUUCCUAUUACUGAAAUGGAUGAACAUAUGAGAAUUGAAUUAUUGGAUCCCAAAUGGAAAGAACAGAAACUUGCCCAGGAAGCCAAGUUACGCGACAGUAAUUUGUUACAGGAAGGUACCGAUGUGGCCAAGAUUUUGAAAAACUUUUCUGGUUACCGAUCAGAUAUCUUUGGUUCAGAGGAAACAGAAAUUGGGAAAAAGAUUGCCGAAGAAGAAUCUGCUCGAGAACGUUUAUUACAAGAAUCAUGGAAUCGAGGACAAAAUGAAAGUGAUAAAAAUGGUUUUAUAUUCGAUUCAACUUCAACCGAUAUGGCAACAGGUACAAAUCUACCCUCUACCACAUCAGCAAGUGCAUUUACCAGUCAAUUACCGAAUACGUAUAAUGAAUCACAAUUAUCCAACACGUCCACUGCUACUAUUACUUCUACACCAACUAUGGAUGCAACCACAGCUGCUAUUCGGAAAGUGGAAGAUGAUUCUCUUGCACAAAGUGAAGCUAAACGACAAAAACUUGACAACGUACCAUUACCAACACCUAGUACUGUAGUUCCUCCUCCUGCAGCAAUCGCACAUAAUACGUGGGCCCCAUCAAAUGCUCCUACCACUAUUCGAUUGGUGAUACAAACAAUCAAUUACCCAGAAAAGCCGGAAUGGAACCUGAAUGGACAAACAAUUGAACUAACGGAUUUACCAUUGACAAUGAUGAUAUCAACAGUAAAGGAACGGAUCACUUCACAAAUUGGAAUGCCAUAUGGGAAACAAAAAUUAUCCAUUCAACAAACUGUAAUGGUUAACAGCAAAAACUUGGGAUUUUACGGAUGCACUGAUGGAACUGUUCUUACUUUGGGUUUAAAAGAUAGAAAAAAGUAAUCUGGUUUUUUUUUUUUUUUUUUAU